AUGCUCAAAUCGCCCGUCGUCGGCUCUAUCGUCUGCGCCCGGGCAGUUGGCCCCGGGCCAGGUUGUUGUGGCGGCCCAGCCGGGGCAGCAGGCCCCCGGCCAGGCCGACCUUCCCGCGCUGGCCACGCCCAGGAGGAGGCGGAAGGGGCGCGGGAGAACCCAGCCUACGUGGCGGCCAAGACGCGUCGCCCCCAGGACUCGGAACACACCCUGGCCCUUAGGGAGGAGCUGGUGAAGGAGACUCGGCUGGGGCGAGUGAUGGGCCCGUGCCGGGCGCCUGAUGGCUGGGGCGUCACCAUGGCAUCCUUGCCCGAUUUGGCCGAUAUGGGACGCCUUCUCGAACCGCCGCGGGGCGACUGCUUCGCCGCGCUCUCCUUCGCCAUCACCCAGCUCGACGAGAAUGGUGACCUCACCCCAUAG